AUGCCGGAGGGGCUCUCUCGCCUCAUUUUAGCUCGAAGCAAUGUUCAGUUCCAAUCUGUCACCGAUAGAUUCACACCAAAUGACACCGUACUCCAAUUGUCGAAAGCCGCCGAUCUUACCGAAAGUGCCUUAUCAUCCGCAUGUCUUCUUCAUACAGCCUCGACCUCGAUCACCUCCUCUUCAAGUUCCCUUCGCCGCCGCCGAUUGAUGGAAAUCACGGAAGAUGCCGAGGAAAAUGGCACGAAGGAAGAUGCCACAAAGCCAGUCCCACCUCCCCAAUCCGAGGCACGCCAGAGAUCUGGAAGUAUUAGAUCGGAAGCCACCUUAGUGCCACCGAGUGAACCGCCUGUCGAGUUGCCCCCGGUAUCACCAGAAAGCGAACAGGCGCCGGUGGACUUCCAACCGCCCCCAUCAAGGGCUGGCUCCAUAGCUGCGACCUCGCCGGAGAGCCCCAGUGAAACACAAUCGGCCACAAUGUCGCCCAAGUCCAUCGACUCGGGUCGUUCCAGGUCGCGAUCCCGACCCAGAUACCGAAAUAUCCUGGAUGAAUUCCCCCGCCCGUCAGAGGAUGCCCGAAUGUCAAGCCAAUCCUCUCGCCCUUCGCUUCAAGAAUUGGAACGAGCUGCUGGCUUUACCCCGAAAGUGAAGCUGGGACCCCGACCCUCCGUAGAUAGCAGCGGGAGACCCCGCACCUCUGGCAGCUCUCGAAACCAGGACCAACGGCCUGUGGCAUCUCUGCCAACAAAUAUGCGCUCUUCUUCUGUCCGAAAGGCCAAUGCCGACGCCCCGCGACCUCGAUCUCAGGGGAGUACAUUUGCAACUAAACCAACUAGUCGCCUUCCGCCGGUUCCACCUCUCCUGGUCCCACCACCCUCUAUCCCUAUUUCGAGGCCCCAGCUUUCCCCUGGAGCUAAAUCUCUAGGGGCGCUGUCGUCGUCAUCGGGCUUGACUCCGGAGAAAGAGCGUUUGAUGAAAGCUUUGCAACAGCGCAAAAAGAACAUGGCCAAGCGUGCAGAAGAAACUAAGAAGAAGCAGGCCUCUGAAAAGGCAGAGCCCAAGCCUUCAAUGGACGUUGCGAAGAAUCAGGAAGACAAUAAGGAGAAUAUCAUUAUCCAGUACGCGGAACCCGAAUUUGACACCCCUGAGCCAGAGACGAUUCUGCAGGAUCAACCCCACGUACCUUCGAUAUCCUUAGCUGCCGACGCUGAGCCUGUUCAUGGGUCCGCCCCUGAACCUGCUUCGCCAGUUGCUCCGCAGUCUGGCCUGGAUGCUACAAGUACUUCCGCGGCUGUUGUUGAACCAAUUUCCGAGCCUGUCUCCGAGCCUGUCCCUGGUUCGCCAUCCACGCCCGUCUCAAACGCUGAACCAGAGCAACAUUCUCAGUCUUCCGAAACAACUCAGGCAGAGCCAAUUGUCGACGCUUCUGUUGCCUGCAAUGAGGUUCCCUCGCCACCGCCCUCAGAACCCACCGUCGAUUCUACUUCUUCGGUCGAACAUGCCGCGGAACCCUCAGAGACUGUUCAAGAGGAAAUGUCACCGACAACCCCUGAAGGUGAAACGCGCACAGAUCACCAGGAACCCGCAAUCCCAGGCCUUGCCCCACCUACCUUGAAUGAUGAAGUCCCACUUCAAAAUCAAUCCUCAGACGCCCCGCAAUCAGACUCAGAGAACGUCCCUGGAACACAUUUCGAAAUUCCGCCCAUCGCACCCGUGCCAACUGAGGAGCCUUCGGAUGAAACUGUUUCAGCAGACGUCCCUGAGUCGGUUCCUCAACCUGCCACCCCCUCUGUUACACCCCCAGAGAGCGCAGACAUCGCAGAUACCGAAAACGAGGCUGCCCCUGUUCCUGUCUCUACCUACCCAAACCCAGCGGACGAAUCGGUAUCUGAACCCUCUUCUGCUUUGAAGAGCGAAUCUUUGCCUUUGGAUCAAAGACGUAAGGUCCACCUGGAGCCUAUCCAGGUACCGACUCCAGACUACUCGGAUGACGACAACCUUCUUUCUGACGACUCGUUCAUGGAAGAACUAACUUCGGCGACUGUCCAAGAGGCCAGGCCGGUGUCAGUGAAAUCUCCCAACGGCGGCGAUCAUUCUUGGAAGAGCUCGCGUGCGGUCUCGAGCCCCUAUUCCACAGGAUCUCCAUCGGCUAUGCAAACCCUUGCAGUGGGUCGAUCGAUCUCUAGCUCAUAUCCCGAAAACGGGCCCCCUACACCUGUUCUGAUGGCGAAGAAGAUCAACGUCUCUUCUGGGAUUUCCAGCCGUAUCAAGGCACUCGAGAAGUUCUCGAGUCGCGAAGGCACCCCCUUGGGCGCCAGUCCUGCCCCAAGCGCACCAUCAGCCUCUUCGUCUUUUGAAAACCUUCGCAAGCGCGCAUCAAUCUCCCUACCUAGUGGCAGCCUGGAUAUCACACCACCGGGGACUAGGCACUCUACCCACACCCCCGACAGCUCUAGUCGACAUGAUCGUCGGAUCUCUGUUGACGCCAUGCGCCGUGCCAACUCGGUCUCCGUGACUGCUCGGAUUAUUCGUGAUGCCGACGUCUCUCCCGGUUCUUCUGGGCUUGAGCCCUCUGAGUCAGAUGUCCUCAAUCUUCAGGCCAGCCCGCUGACUGUGGAGCAUGAGACACCAGCGGAACCUCUUGCUCAGUCCCCCAAUGCUGAACCUAUCAACCGAGCCCAGGACCGAAGCCUGUCCAUGUCAUCCAAUGGAUCGGGUCGUCAAACUGCCUCUCGCCCACCUAGUCGUCUUUCCAUCUCUUCGCGUUCUCGCACGGAAGAAAACAUCACCUCUACCUCUCCCAGUUCCGAGGACAAGCGGGCAUCCCGCACAUCGCGCCUCAUGCGUCGUGUCUCCUCAAUCACAUCUACAUCCCGCCGCAGCAUUAUCGGUGCUCUCAGUUCACCAGUCAAGGAAGAGGAGUAUGCUCCCACCUUUGGAAACGGCUCCACUGAUGCAGCCGGAUCUACCGGCUCGCGCACUUCGGAGCCUGUCGAUAUUGGCGAGGUGAACGUUCAGUUCCCAGAAACACUCCUUUGGAAGCGUCGAGUUAUGCGCAUCGACGAAGAUGGUUACGUGGUUCUCACCCCGGGUACUAAUGAUGCCAGCGCUCGAAACAUGACCAAGCGCUACCAUCUCACCGAGUUCCGCACUCCUUGUCUGCCCGAUGAAGAUAUGCAAGAAUUGCCAAACAGCAUCUUGCUUGAUUUCUUGGAUGGAAAUACGCUUCAAUGUGCCUGUGAAUCGCGACAGGGACAGGCUUCUGCUCUGCACUCUCUUGUCGAAGCACACGGUGCCUACCAACAAUAA